GUUGCUCACGCUGGUCGGUUAUUGUGGGUGAGCGGGCGCAGAAGAUGGGGUCGAUCACGAGGGGUGUGCUGUUUAAAGUGGCCACAUCCCAAUCUGGAAGAAAAGCACACAAACCGUUAUUAGGGAAAAAUGCAAGUGGAUGCUUGGCUUCUUGCCUGCGCCUCGACCUUAACACCCAAGCUCCCUUAGAUGAAAAGACAUUGGCGCGAGCAACGCAGGACGGCAGCUCCGCGCCAAGGCUGCGGUUAACCAAGGAGUCGGCGAGAAACCUGGCUAGGAACUUCACAGCUGACGACCGACAGCUGCUGUUAAGCGAGAUCCAGCAAAUCAAGGGGGACGAGGCAAUAAUGGAGUUCUCAGGAUCGCUGGCCAGCCUGCGCUGGAGGAGUCGGUUCGGCCGGCCGGCCAGCGUCGGCGACGCCGACCCCACCGGCCGCUUCUGUCCCAUCCCCACCAACUGGCUCAAGCAACGACUCGCCACGAGUGUCCCGAAGCCCACCCCCGGCCAGCUGAUACACACUGCGUUGUUUAACUCCAUACCAUUCAUUGGCUUCGGAUUUUUAGACAAUGUCAUUAUGAUCACUGCGGGUGACUACAUCGAGGCCUCUGUGGGCGUGGCGUUCAGUAUCAGCACGAUGGCGGCGGCCGCGCUCGGCAACGCCGUCUCAGACGUGGCUGGCAUAGGCUCGGCCUUCUACGUGGAGGUGCUGGCGAUGCGGAUCGGCGUGCCGGCCCCCAGCAUGACGCCCGAGCAGCACGACCUCAAGAUCUCCCACUGGUUCUCCAACAUCGGCCGGGCCUUCGGCGUGGCGUUUGGCUGCAUUCUGGGAAUGUUUCCGCUCUUCUUCCUGCCGGGACACAACAAGACUGAAAAGGAUGAGGAGGACGAGGCGACAGCGGCGGCGGCGGAGGCGACCGGCGCCGUCGGACCUGUGGUAAAGGCGGAGGCCCCGCCGGCCGCGGCCGCGAGCACGACGGCGACCUCUUCACAAUCGGACACUAAGCCGGCGGCGAGUGUGCAGACCUCGGCAGAACCCGCCGCCGCGCCCUCGACGGCGGCGGCGGCGGCGAGCGCGGAGUCGGUCAGCCCGCGGGCGGCGCCCACCGUGACUGCAGAGCCACCUGUCGGCCGGGAAAGCAGCCCAAAGUUGGUGGGCGAGCCGAAGUGAGGGUGUGACGGGUGCGAGCGCUAGUGUUCGGGUGAAUUGUGGUUGACAGAAGUCAAGACGUGAGAGUACAUGUUCAUACGGCGAUAAUCAUGCGCUGAGGCGGUGACACUUCUCAUCGCUGUUACGGCGGCGUGCUGGGACGCCGCUCGUGGCCUGGUGCCAAAAUGGCGAGUGUUAAUCACGUGUCUGUGUCCAUUGUUGGCGUGCGGUGGCUCGGCGUGAUUUGACGGUGCUCCUGAGGUCCCGGCUCCGGAAGGCUGCUGCUGACGUUAUCGGACUGGCAGGUCUGCGCGAACUCAGGCGCGGCCGACGCCUCACGGGUGUGCCGUUGUUGUGGAUCGGGUGCGCCUGGUGCGCCGCGAGCAGCCAGAGUUUGUACUCCGUGUCGGGACAAGAUGAUUUUAUGAACUUUUCAGGUGGCGUGACGCUCGAGCGCUGUGCAAUAUCUGCGCAUGCGCACUAGGCGGGAUUAGGUGUCACCGUUCUCGUGUCGAUCAUUCCAUGUGCGCGCCGACGAGCCAGUCACUUUCACGACGAAUGUGGCAUUGACAGGCCGUUUAUUGACGCCAUCUAGCCAUGUGUAUGGGAAAGCCUUGCCCUCGUGUAGCCAGGACCCUGCAGAAAAUGGUGUUGACAGGUGAGCAGGUAAUGCAUAGUAGGAACAAUUGUAAAUAUACGAUACCUGGUGAGAACUGAACCCGUCAACCUGUAGUCCCGUCAUGGCUGCGUGUCGCGCCGGCCGGGACGUGUCCAGCUGUGCUGUCUUCCUGCGCGUGAUCGCCCGCCGCCGUUCGACGCCUCAUCCUGCGAACCCAGGACAAGAGCUGCCGCCAUGGUGACUGGGCAGACCGUGGGAAACGCUUUGCGUGCCGGUUGCGCGAUAAGUCUGGUUGUGCCGAAAUAUUAAGUGUGUUUUAGUUCUCCCCCCUCCUGUGCCAACCAGGGCAUGGGGACAUUCUCAACCAGCAUCCGUAACAGUCGCCUUGUGCCAAAAACGCACUGCUAGACAAUUCACAACAAAUCGAAAUUCCGACUCUUACGUAUCGAAAGAAAUUCCGAAGCCUCCACCCGCGUAACACGCGGGGAGCGGACCGACCAGCGGCCCGUGCCCGCACCGUCCGCUGAUACUUCCCGCCCAUCCACGGUGUGGGUCUGGCCGGCACAAGUCGCCCUCUUCACCGGCAGUCGAGGCACGCGUGACGUGAGACGGACAGGAGGGAAUACGACAUCCACGUGACUGACGGUUUUAGACGGUUUUUGAGGAACGACUUUACGGACCGAGUGCGCAGGAAAACCUGCUCGGAGUGAGUGACCAACACAUAGCUGGCACACGCCACCUAUAGCAUGUUUCAUUGAGGUCCACAACGGUUGAGCAUU